AUGCUUGUUGGAAGUUGACUGGGACUAAACGGGUACCCCGGGCCAAGCGCAAGGGCAAGGGCAAGCGCAAGCGCAAGCGCAAGUUAAACCAAUUUUUUUCUUCCAUUUUCUUCUAUCCCAUCUUUCUCGCCUUUUCUCCUCCUAAGAGGACCUUCGUAUGUACAGAAAAGCCGUCGUCCAUUGAGCGGCGGCGAUGGACCCAGACGCGGUGGCGAAGGCGUUCGUGGAGCACUACUACACGACUUUCGACUCGAAUCGGACGGCGCUAGCGAAUCUCUACCAAGACUCGUCGAUGCUGACCUUCGAAGGCCAGAAGAUCCAGGGCUCCCCGAACAUCGUGGCCAAGCUCACCAGCCUCCCCUUCCAGCAGUGCCAGCACAGCAUCUCCACCGUCGAUUGCCAGCCCUCCGGCCCCGCCGGCGGCAUGCUUGUCUUCGUCAGUGGCAACCUCCAACUCGCCGGCGAACAACACGCCCUUAAGUUCAGCCAGAUGUUCCAUCUGAUGCCUACACCACAAGGUAGCUUCUAUGUGUUGAAUGACAUAUUCCGACUGAACUAUGCAUGAAGACGAAGGGUUGGGAAUGCAUGAUUCAUUCCCCCCCUCCUGAAAGACUGACGGGCUUCAUGUUUGUUUGGUUCCAGACUUCCGAGUUGGAAAACUUGUGAUUUCCCGUAUGUUCCAUAAUUAAGACGUAGCUUUGUUUGUUUGGAUUGAAUUGAUGAAAGUUGAUUGCUUUUCACAACUGCUUGGGCUUCUUUGUUCGGACUGUUAUUUGGUGCUGCUGCAAGCUAAGUUCAUGACUCCCUUGUUAUUUGGUGAUUAUCCUUCUUGUUCAUAGUUCUGUUUCCUGGUUUAUUGAUAACACACAAUUUGAUUUAUGCAGGGACUAAGGUCUUAUGUUUAAUUAAAUUCUCUUUCUUGUUUAAA